GUACCGAGGGAGCGAUCACUUCACCGCGAGCCCGAGAGGAUCCGAACCGGGGGAGAGACGCGUCGCGACGGGCCGGAGCACCGGAGGAGCACCGGAGGAACCACGGCACCGGAGAUGAAGCUCGGCCGUCAUGUCUAGAGCGACGGUGAAGAAGCUGCACUGGCGCUCCAAGGUGCAGGAGAGCUUCGUCCCUCUGGGCGGCGGCUCAGGAGAGCUGGGUCUGGCCAUCGGGGGCGGGGCCGACUACGGCGAGUUCCCCUUUGUCACGGCAGCACCUGGGGGCGGGGCCACUGUGGGGGACAUCAUCCUAGAGAUCGGGGGGACGCCUGUAUUAGGGAUGACCCUCGGUGAUGUCAGAGGAGUCCUCAACUCCUGUCCCCAUCCAAUCAGAAUCAAGACCGUGUCACCAGGUUCUUCGCUCUGUAAAGACCUCAGGUUGUAUCUCAGCAAGUGUUUCACUCCAGGAUCCAUGGACAGUCAACUACAGCAGCUGAUCAGAGAGAACCUGUACCUGAGAGCUGUACCCUGUACGACCAGGCCGCCUCGGGAAGGGGAGAUCUCGGGGGUGGACUACAACUUCGUGUCCAUCGAGGAGUUUUUCUCCCUGGAGGAAUCUGGAGCUCUGCUGGAGAGCGGGAAAUUCAAAGGGAACUACUACGGGACGCCGCGCCCCGUCCACAUCGGCCCGGAGAGUCCACCAAUCACGUACCAGGAGCAUCGGAACCUGCUGCGCAACUUCAGGACGAGGAGCAAGUCUCUGAGCAACCUAGAGAAAGCUGUGGAGGAGGGAGACAACAGCGAGGAGGACAGCGGCCUGUCCGCAGGUUCAGCCGUAGCCCCGCCCACCACCCUACCUCUGAGCCAAUCAUGGGAGUCAGCGGCGGGGAGUCGGGAAGGGAUGAUGAACGGAGGAGUAGGAAGAGGAUUGGGGAGAGGAAGAGGAAGAGGAGGAGGAGAAGGAGGAGGAGGAGGACCCCUGCCUGAAAACUGGGAGCUGGCCUUUAGUGAUUCAGGGAAGGCGUACUACAUCAAUCAUAAGUCAAAGACGUCCAGCUGGCUGGAUCCUCGACAUCACCACAAAGAAGCGACUUCCUGUACAGAGCUCCCAGAGUUCACGGAGCAGCCCAGUCAGUUGAGGGGUUACUCCAUCCACACUCGUCUCUCUAAAGGUCCUCGAGGUUUCGGCUUCAACAUCGUGGGAGGAAGUCGACCUCGAGAGUUCCUGCAGGUUUACAGUGUCACACCUGGGGGUCCGCCCGCCCUCACCACAGCCGACAUCCUGGUGUUCAUCAACGACAGCUGCGUGCUGGGCCGCUCUCACAAGGAGGUGGUGGAGCUGCUGAAGGCGGUGCCGAUGGGUCAGAGCGUGGACGUGGUGCUGAGGAGAGGAUACCCGAUGCUCUACAACCCCGACGGCUGUCCCAAGCAGAGCCUGGACACGCAGCCGCAGACCCUCAGCGAGCCCUCCAACCCCCCCGCCCUGAGCAGAGGCCCGACACAUCUCACCUACAGCUGCACGCUGGAUUCCAACGGCAGCACGCCAGCAAUGGGUAAAACCCCGCCCUCCUAUCCUGCUCAGCCAAUGACAAAUGGGCUGACAAGCCCGCCUACUCCCAUUGGCUCUGAUCCACCACUGGGUCCGCCUCCUCCAGACCGGACAGCAGCCAAUCACAGCGACUCUGAUGGCGGCUUGUCCAACGCUGGAACUCGAAGGUCUUCCCUGAUUCGCUACAACAGCAGCACCCUCCCCACCCUCUCCUCCUCCUCCCUCCUCCACCAUCAGAGCUCCAAGUCGUCAGAGAGCGACCUGUCCACGUCCACACUCCCUAUCUCCUCCUCCACCCUCCCCACCAUGUCCUCAUCCUCCAGCACUCUGUGCAAACUCCCCCUCUCUCAGCCGGAGUCCGGCCUCCGCCAGAACUCCACCAGCCCCCCCAGCGCUAACCACCCGCCCUCCUCCUGCACACCACCGGGGGCUCCAGUGCAGCGUUCGCCAAUGUCCCAGACCUCCAUCGCCCUGACGCCACCCAGAGACAUCCCCCCCUGUGGCUUUAACGGCUGUCCGGCCAGUCACCAGGCUCCGCCCCCUCCCUCCAGAGGAACCUCAGGGCUGGCGCUUCCUCUCGGGGCAGCGCCACCAGCGUCGGCCUCCGGGGGGCAGCUUGUCCCCGUGGCCCUGGGGCGCACUGAAGGGGGGGGGCUGGGGUUCAGUGUGACAGCGGGGGGGCAAGGGGGUCAGCUGGCAGUAGUGAGACGUGUCUGGGACCGACGGCAGUGUCCCUCUCUGCAGACAGGAGACGCCAUCGUGAAGAUCAACGGAGCCGACGUGCAGAGCUUCAGCUUCUCACAGGUGCAGAGAAUCCUGCAGGAACACACCAAGCAGGGGGAGGUGGUGCUGCUGGUCUACAGAGGAGGUCCCGCCUCCUCUCCAGUCGUCACCCCAAACCUCUACAAGCCCUUCCCCCCCCCUCACGGCCUCACCCCCACCUCUUCAGCUGAAUUGCCUUCCCCGUCCACGGGUGCCUUGAUGGGGGGGGUCCCCCCCCUCAGCCAGGCUGGCGUGGUCCUCGAGGGUCCCCCGGAGGGUCUACCAGCCCCAGGGACACACCAAGGUGCUCCUCCUUCCCAGACGCCAAACGGACCCACGGCCUCGGCCCUCAUCCAGAGCACCAGUUUCCUGGACUCGGUUCCGGUGACACUGAACUUGGAACCACGUGAUUUGCCGGGAGUCCAGGAGAGCGCCGGCGGGCCUCCUCCCAACAGAGGGGGAGGAGCUUUGGGAGCAAUCGCCAAGGACGGGAGGGCGGGGGUAAAGACGACGGAGGUGGAGCUGAGGAGGGGCCCGAGCGAAGGCUUCGGAUUUGUCAUCGCCUCUCAGGAAGUGACCAACGGGGCCCCCAACCUGAUGUCUCACCGCUUCGUGACGGUGCGUCGUGGCAGCCCGGCGGCACGCAGCGGGCAGAUUCAGCCCGGAGAUCAGCUGGAGGCGGUGGAGACUCGACCGGUCGCUGGUCUGCAGCAUCGAGACCUGGCUCAGAUCCUGAGGAGAGCGGGAAACACGCUGAGGCUGAGCAUCACGCCACGGCACCAGUCGUCCCCUCCGUCAGAGGGCGCAAACUUGGACAUUGACGGACGACUUAUAAAAGGAUCCAGAGGGAGGUCAAAGGAUGCGUCUCAGUUCUACAGCGUGGAUCUGGAACGAGGUCCAACAGGAUUCGGUUUCUCUCUGAGGGGGGGCAGUGAGUACAACAUGGGACUGUAUGUACUGGGACUGAUGGAGGGGGGGCCGGCCCAGCGCAGCAACAAGAUACAGGUGUCUGAUCAGCUGGUGGAGAUAAACGGCGACAGCACCUCAGGGAUGACUCACAGUCAGGCCGUGGAGCAGAUCAGACGAGGAGGACAUCGGAUUCAUCUCAUCCUGAAGAAAGGAAACGGAUACGUUCCCGAUUACGGCCCUGAUGAAGGAGCCCCCUCCCCCUCCUCCUUCUCCUCACCCACAGAGGAGCAGGAUGUAGAUACGAUAACCAUGACAACCGCCUCCCUCAGCCAGCAGAGGGGAGGAGCAGGUGUUACAGGAGGAGGAGACGGAGGAGGAGAGAGGAGGAGGAAGAGGAGCGAGGGAGAAACCAAACGAAGAACAGGAGGAGGAGGAGGAGGGUUAGGGCCUCCUGAUCUGGACCUGGACCUGGUUGAAGAGGCGGCACGUGUGGAGGAGAGGAACAAGAAAGAGGAGGAGGAGGAGAGAGAGGAGAGGAGGAGAAAGAGGGAAGAACUGGAGGAGAGGAGGAGAAAGAGGGAGAGAGAGGAGGAGAUGAGGAGAAGAAAGGAGGAAGAGAUGAAGAGAAGGAGGGACGAAGAGGAGGGGAGGAGGAGGAGAAAGAGGGAGGAAGAGGAGGAGAUCAGGAGAAGGAGGGAGGAAGAGAUGAGGAGGAAGAGGGAGGUAGAGGAGGAGAUGAUUAGAAGGAGAAGCAGUCAGACUGUCAGGCAGAAGAAGCGAGACGACCAGAGGGAGCAGGGGAGGCAGAGCUUACCCAGGGACAGAGCUCAGUACCUGACCUCGUGGCCGCCAGAGGGGGGGGUGGAGGUGAUGAGGUCUGGAGAAGGAGCGAGGGAGAGGAAGAGGAGGGAGAGAGAGGAGGAGGACAGGGAGGAGAAAGAUGAGAGCAUCACCCGCCAUGCAAAGCAUUCUGGGAGCUCAGGUGCAGCUCAACGAGCGUCGUUCUCCUUUCUCAUGCCGAUGGACGAGUUCCAGCGUCGUUCUGACAGCGAAUCAGCAGGCAGCUUCUCAGAGGUCAGCCAAUCAGCAGCCAGCAUCGCCACGGCGGGAUGGAGGGAGCAUUCUGACUGGACGAGAGACGAGUUGUCGUGGCAACAGGGCGACACCCCGGGCCCCUGGCUGAAGCCCAGCCCCAAAAAACUCACACAGGUUCUGACUGGCAGUCGGCUCAGGAGGCGGGAACUAGUGGACGGGCUGUCUCUCUGAUUGGCCAGCAGGGAAGACAAGCUCUUUUCUUCUCUUUUUUUUAUUGGCUACUUAUAAGGGCUUUGUUUGAUUGGCAUGCUGAGCGAAACCCCACCUCUUCCUGCGUCCUAUUGGAUGAUAACAGACAACUCUAAAUCUGAUUGGAAGAUGAGAUCAGGACUUUCUUUCCCAUUGGCUCGGUGGGUUUUGAGGCUUCCGAUUGGCCAGUGACACGGCGGCAGUUUGACUUUACCCAUCAUCCCUCAGGGCGUCCUGAGACCUGCGAUCAGCUCUCUUUGGGAUUCACUCAGACCUUUUGGCAUCAUGAAGCCGGUACAUCACCAUGGUAACUGAGGUAGAUUGCCACGGUAACAGAGUCAUCGUUUCUACGGUGUCCUGACGGGGACAAAAACACUGAGUCUCUGAUGAAGUGAAGAGACGUUCAAAUAAGAAAAAAUCAGAUUAAUAGAAAAACUCAAAAUGUAUGCAAAGAAGUUUGAUAGAUUUUGACUUUUUUAGUUGAGACACUUCAGGUAAAAACACGUCAGAGACAAAUAUUUAACGUUGGUAAUGAUCUGGAGACGUUUGAUGUUGAAUCAGUUUAAAUUCACCUGAAGAGAUGAAAGUUACAGAAACUGACGUGAUGACAUCAUCACCUGACACCUCCACACGGCCCCACCUCUCAAGACUGACCACGUCCUAAGAGGCGAAGAAGCUUAGACUCCGCCCCAUCUCUCACCUGCACACAGCCGACCAAUCACAGUCAUCUUCUGUGGUGUUUAAUGUUUAUCACCGUCCUGGUUCUCAUGAGGAUCAGUGAGAUGCCAAAAGAGACAGACUGAGCUGAACAGGCUCCUGGUGCACUCAUCUGCAUCAUCAUCAUCAUCUUCAUCAUCAUCCUCAUCUUCGUCAGUCUAACUUUUAAAUCGUAUGCAAACACCUGAACCUGUGGGUCUCGUUGUCUUGGAGAUCAAACAGCUGAUUCUGAUCUGAGCAUGUGAAAAUCACUGGAAUGAUUUUUUUAUUUUUAUAAAGUUCAACAUGUAAAGACUCAAUACUAUUAUUAUUAUUAUUAUUAUUAUUAGAGAUGAAAUAGAACAGAGUUGCUCUGAUUUGCCUGCUUGCUUGUAAAAUAGAAGAAACCUUUAUUGUAAUGAUGUAACAGAGCCAUACACACACACACACACACAAACACACAGAUGUCAGGUCCAGCUGCGGUCCUGUUGGCUUUUAAUAAACAUAACAUCGCCAUGGCAACACGGUCAUCAGGACGGGUGACCUGUUUCUCUAGCAACAGCCACGGUGGAGGAGGAGGACAUCUCCAACAUGGCCGACGACCUGCAGCUCUGGAUCAUAACAAGUGCCUCAUUUUGUUUUUUUGGCCUUCAUCAUAUAAAGUGUCACCCUACCCCCCCCCCCAUCCCCGUGUCCUCACUGGUUUUAUAUCUGAGACGAUUCGUCUUCGUCAUGUCUUGUGGACGCGUCCCCGUUUCUGCUUCAGCUCAAGAUUAUUCUCAUCAUUAUAUUUAUUCCUCAUUUUCUCAACUGAUUCACGUUUGAGACUAAAUCUUCCUUUUUUUUAAUCUCUUUGCUGCAGCUGAUGAAUCUGUUCAACUUCAGCAGCUGAAUCAAUAAUAAUAAAUAAAAAAAUCAAUCAUUAGUUUUAGUAUUUUGAAUGAGAGACACAUGAAGUCACCGUCACAUCCUGUUGACGCGUCUUUUCUCUGUUCAUCAGAUUUGUCUGGAGCUGAUUCUCUUCUUUGAUCUGAAGAAAAAUUCUGUUUCCAACGAUUUUUGUUUCGGACGAAAAAACCUCAUUGACCAGUUUCUUCUCUGUUUCUGUUUUCAGAUUUAAAACACACAUUGUUCUCCUCUUCAUUCAGCAGACUUUUAUUCUGAAGGUUUUAUCCUGUAUCAUUCAUAAGUUGUGUCGUCUUCUUCGUAAAGCUUGAUUAUUUUUGUGUAAACAUCUGACUUUGUGUUCUCUCCACUUGAUUAUCUCACUGAAGCCCAAUGAAUCCUGGGAUAUGUGGUCCUGAGCAGGACGUGACCUCACACAUCUGAAGGAUCCUUAGAAACUGGACCAGUUGAUUCUGAAUGAGACGCAGCUUCAGAUUCUGAUUCAUGAAGAGAUAAAAACAUAAAAUGUUGUUUUAUCAGAUUUAAUUUGUCUCAUUAACGUCUCAUUCUCAUAUUUAAAAGUUUAAUGAUCGAUGUCAAACUGAGAAGUUUCAUGUUUCAAUUUUCACUUUGAAUACAAAGUUGUUCACUUCCUGUUCACUGUGACGCUUCAUUAACACAGAUGCAUGAACCUGUUCCCAUGGUAACUGGAGUCAUGUGACAGACUCUGGUUGUGUUGUUAUGUCAAAUGUUCAUUUUCUAAAUAAUUAUCUUCGAUCAAUGCGUCUUUUUAUUAAUCACACACACACACAUGUCUUCUUCCUCUGCUGCUGGUGUCCCUGUGUCUGUCUGUCCCUAUCUGUCUGUCUUCCCCUGUCUGUCCUCACCUGUCUGUCUUCACCUGUCUGUCCUGACCUGCUUGUCUUCACCUGUCUGUCUCUGAGCCUGUUUGUCAUGAAACGAUGUAAUAAGAUUAAAUCAGAGGAAAAUGUUAA